CAUAUGCUAUAGCGUUUAUAAAAGCUACGUCCUUGUGUGUGAAAUUUUAAGGACAUUUCGUCUCGUGGUAAUAGCGAGAGCGAGGUAGACUUACAGUUUAUAUGUUUUUCGGUUAUCGUACGGAAUAACUUACUUGUCGUCUGCCGAUACUGCAAUCACCAUGGCUGACUCACCGACCCCUACAUGUAUCAGGAACCCAGAUGUGAAAUACACUCAGAUUUUCAUUAACAACGAAUGGGUGAACUCAGUGUCUGGGCGCACCUUCCCCACAAUGAACCCCGCCACGAGCGAGAAGAUUAUAGAUGUUCAGGAGGGGGAUAAGGCGGAUGUGAACGCGGCGGUAGCGGCGGCGAAGGCAGCGUUCGAGCUGAAUUCCCCAUGGCGCCAGAUGGACGCCAGUAAGCGUGGCCUGCUGCUCUUCCGGUUAGCGGAUCUCGUGGAGCGAGACAUUGCAUACAUUGCGAGUUUGGAAACCCUUGACAACGGUAAGCCGUUCCACUCCGCCGUCAACGACGUCCUGUUUAGCAUCAAGGUGUUCCGGUACUUCGCAGGUUGGGCCGACAAGAACCACGGGAAGACUAUCCCAGUGGAUGGGUCUUACUUCUGCUAUACGAGGCACGAGCCUGUCGGAAUCUGUGGUCAGAUCAUUCCAUGGAACUACCCUUUUGUGAUGUUGACAUGGAAGAUUGCGCCGGCGGUUGCCCUGGGUAAUGUGUGCGUCGUCAAGCCGGCUGAGCAGACGCCGCUCACUGCACUCUAUGCAUGCUCGCUAAUCAAGGAGGCUGGCUUCCCACCGGGAGUGGUAAACAUGGUUCCUGGUUAUGGACCGACAGCGGGUGCGGCCCUAUCCUCCCAUCCAGAUGUCAACAAGGUUGCCUUCACCGGGUCCACAGAGGUGGGUCAGAUCAUCAUGCAGGCUGCUGGGGCCUCCAACCUCAAGAGGACCACCCUGGAGCUGGGAGGCAAGAGCCCCAACGUCAUCUUCCAAGACGCAGACAUUGACAAGGCGGUGGAGUAUGCGGUGAACGGGGCCAUGUCCAACAUGGGUCAGUGCUGUGUGGCAGGGUCAAGGACGUUUGUGCAUGAAGACAUCUAUGAUGAGUUUGUGCGGCGGUGCGUGGAGAAAGUGAGCAAGAGGACCGUGGGAGACCCCUGGGAGAAAAAUGACAACGGACCUCAGAUUGAUGAAGAGCAGCUGAAAAAAGUUCUUAGUCUAAUAGACAAGGGGAAGACAGAAGGUGCCAAGCUGGAGUGUGGAGGGGGCAGGAUAGGGGACAAGGGAUACUUUGUGCAGCCGACUGUGUUCAGUAAUGUACAGGAUCAUAUGACCAUCGCUAAGGAAGAGAUCUUUGGGCCGGUGCAGAGCCUGUUCAAGUUCAAAACCAUGGAGGAGGUGCUGAGACGUGCCAAUGACACAACAUAUGGUCUGGCAGCAGCAGUGUUCACCAAUGACAUCAACACUGCAAUGACCUUCACUCAGGGGGUCAAGGCCGGAUCUGUCUGGGUAAACUGCUAUGAAGUUGUGAAUGCCCAGUCGCCAUUUGGUGGCUUCAAGAUGUCUGGAUUGGGGCGAGAACUAGGAGAAUAUGGCCUGCAGCAGUAUACAGAAAUCAAGAAUGUCGUUGUGAAAAUUCCAGUGAAGAAUUCCUAAAUGUUAUCAUGGAAACAGAGGAUGUUCAGUUGGGGCUGACUAGCUUUACAGAAUUGUAAACAAAUAGAAAACAUUGAAAAUACAUAGAAGUUGAACUGUUGAAUUUUGCUUUUCUGCACUAAUAUGCAACAUAUGAGGAUGCAGUAGACCAAAGCUUUGGACUAUUUCAGUGCUUGUUGCUAGUAGAGAAGUGUGAGAUUAUUAGCCUCCAAACCAUAGCUUAUAUGAGUAGUGUUCUGGGAAAAAUGGGCUUAAUGCAUGUGCAUAAAGUGCCAUACCAUAUCAGCCUGUACAGUUCACACAGGCUCACCAGGAACAACACUUUCUGGUUAGACUGGAUCUUCCUUUAGAUCAGACUUCCUUUUAAUAAAAAAACUCCAUUUACGUGUUGUCCUAGAUUAGCCUGUGCAGCUCCCAUUCCACAUUUUACGCACAUGCAUCAAGCUCAGUUUUCUAAGAACGAUUCUCAUAUAAUCAAUUCUUUUAACAGAUAACUUCAGGGUAAAUCAGUUCUUUAAGUUUCGGAAGUCUUUGUCAUUCUAGCAUGCAUACACAAACAUAUUUCAUACAAGAAGUAUGUUUUUAAUGAAAUAAUUUAGUUUUGCCUAUAACAUGGGAUUUUGUUUAUUUAGGUACAAAUUUAUUUGCAAAUUCACAUGGAAAGAAAAUACAAGGGACAAUAUUUUGUAUUGUCAAGAAUUAGUGCUGAAUCUCCUAUUAUAACAAGUGCAUAUGUUAUACACAGUGUUAUCAAUAAAGCGAGUUUUUGAGA